ACCAAAGCGAGUGAGGCCUGCACCCCGCCCCUUUCGGGCACCAUUGAGAUCGUGGCUGUAGCCCAAAGCCUUUCAAGACGCCCUGCCGUGAUCUGUGCCCUCUAGUGGCUUGGUUUCUAGAAGUGACCACGGAGGAGUACCCAUGACAUCCCGAGGUUUUGACGGGUCCCGCCGCGGGAGUCUCCGGCGGGCAGGCGCGCGGGAGACCUCGAGCGAGUCAGCGGACGGUGUGGCUCAGGCUUCUGGGUUCCGCGCUUCUCCUUGCUCCUUCGCUUCUCCUUCGGCCGCUGCCGCCACGACCCCGGCCGACAUGGCGGCGGUGUUGCAGCAAGUGCUGGAGCGCCCGGAGCUGAACAAGCUGCCUAAGUCAACCCAGAACAAACUUGAGAAAUUCCUAGCUGAACAGCAGUCCGAGAUCGACUGCCUGAAGGGGAGGCACGAGAAAUUUAAGGUGGAGAGUGAACAGCAAUACUUUGAGAUAGAGAAGAGGCUGUCCCAGAGUCAAGAGAGGCUUGUUAAUGAAACCCGGGAGUGUCAGAACUUGAGGCUGGAGCUUGAGAAGCUAAAUAACCAAGUAAAAGUGUUAACUGAGAAAAACAAAGAACUGGAAACUGCUCAAGACCGUAAUCUAGGCAUUCAGAGCCAGUUUACAAGAGCAAAGGAAGAGUUAGAGGCUGAAAAAAGAGAUUUAAUCAGAACCAAUGAGAGGUUAUCUCAGGAAGUUGAAUAUUUAACAGAGGAUGUUAAACGUCUAAAUGAAAAACUUAAAGAAAGCAAUACAACAAAGGGUGAACUUCAGUUAAAGCUGGAUGAACUUCAAGCUUCUGACGUUGCUGUGAAGUAUCGAGAAAAACGCUUAGAACAAGAAAAGGAAUUGCUACACAAUCAGAAUUCAUGGCUGAACACAGAGUUGAAAACCAAAACUGAUGAGCUAUUGGCUCUAGGAAGAGAAAAAGGAAAUGAAAUUCUGGAACUUAAGUGUAAUCUUGAAAACAAAAAAGAAGAGGUUUUGAGACUGGAAGAACAGAUGAAUGGCUUGAAAACAUCAAACGAACAUCUUCAGAAACAUGUAGAGGAUUUGUUGACAAAGUUAAAAGAGGCCAAAGAACAGCAGGCCAGCAUGGAAGAGAAAUUCCACAAUGAAUUAAAUGCUCACAUCAAGCUCUCUAAUCUAUACAAGAGCGCUGCUGAUGACUCAGAGGCAAAGAGUAAUGAACUAACUCGGGCAGUGGACGAGCUGCACAGACUGCUCAAAGAAGCUGGAGAAGCCAACAAAACAAUACAAGAUCAUCUUCUACAAUUGGAAGAAUCUAAAGAUCAGAUGGAAAAAGAAAUGCUUGAGAAAAUAGGAAAAUUGGAGAAGGAAUUGGAGAACGCAAAUGACCUGCUUUCCGCUACAAAACGUAAAGGAGCUAUAUUGUCUGAAGAAGAGCUUGCAGCCAUGUCUCCUACUGCAGCAGCCGUAGCUAAAAUUGUAAAGCCUGGCAUGAAAUUAACUGAGCUGUAUAAUGCUUAUGUGGAAACUCAGGAUCAGUUGCUUUUGGAGAAACAAGAAAAUAAAAGGAUUAACAAGUAUCUGGAUGAGAUAGUGAAAGAAGUGGAAGCCAAAGCACCAAUUUUGAAACGCCAGCGUGAAGAGUAUGAGCGUGCACAGAAAGCUGUGGCCAGUCUGUCUGCAAAGCUUGAGCAAGCUAUGAAGGAGAUUCAGCGAUUGCAGGAGGAUACUGAUAAAGCCAACAAACAUUCAUCAGUCCUUGAAAGGGACAAUCAGAGAAUGGAAAUACAAAUAAAAGAUCUUUCUCAACAGAUUAGAGUGCUCUUGAUGGAACUUGAAGAAGCAAGGGGUAAUCAUGUAAUUCGGGAUGAGGAGGUCAGCUCUGCUGACAUAAGUAGUUCGUCUGAAGUAAUUUCGCAGCAUCUAGUAUCUUACAGGAACAUUGAAGAGCUUCAGCAGCAGAAUCAGCGUCUGCUGUUUGCUCUUCGAGAACUUGGGGAAACCAGGGAACGAGAAGAACAAGAGACAACGUCCUCUAAAAUUGCUGAACUUCAACAUAAACUUGAGAACUCUCUCACUGAACUGGAACAGCUCCGUGAGUCACGACAACAUCAGAUGCAGCUUGUUGAUUCCAUAGUUCGUCAGCGUGACAUGUACCGAAUUUUAUUGUCACAAACAACAGGAAUGGCCAUUCCAUUACAAGCUUCAAGUUUAGACGAAAUUUCUCUUCUGUCAACUCCAAAACGUUCAAGUACAUCACAGACUGUUUCUACUCCUGCUCCCGAACCUGUCAUUGCAUCCACAGAGGCUAUAGAAGCAAAGGCUGCCCUUAAACAGUUGCAGGAAAUCUUUGAGAACUAUAAAAAAGAAAAAAUAGACAGUGAAAAACUUCAAAAUGAGCAGCUAGAGAAACUUCAAGAACAAGUCACAGACCUGCGCUCACAAAACACCAAAAUUUCUACUCAGCUAGAUUUUGCUUCUAAACGUUAUGAAAUGCUGCAAGAUAAUGUAGAAGGAUAUCGCCGAGAAAUAACAUCUCUACAAGAGAGGAAUCAGAAACUCACUGCAACUACUCAGAAGCAGGAACAGAUCAUCAACACGAUGACACAAGACCUGAGAGGAGCCAAUGAAAAGCUGGCUGUCGCAGAAGUAAGAGCAGAGAAUUUGAAGAAGGAAAAAGAAAUGCUUAAGUUGUCUGAAGUCCGUCUGUCUCAGCAAAGAGAGUCUUUGUUAGCUGAACAGAGGGGACAGAACUUGUUGCUGACUAAUCUACAAACAAUCCAGGGCAUACUAGAGCGAUCUGAGACUGAAACCAAACAAAGGCUGAGUAGCCAGAUUGAAAAAUUGGAGCAUGAGAUCUCUCACCUGAAGAAGAAGUUGGAAAACGAGGUGGAGCAAAGACAUACACUUACGAGGAACCUAGACGUUCAACUCUUAGAUACCAAGAGACAGCUAGAUACAGAAAUAAACCUUCAUCUUAACACAAAGGAACUGUUAAAAAAUGCUCAGAAGGACAUUGCUACACUGAAACAGCACCUUAGUAAUAUGGAAGCCCAGCUUGCUUCUCAGUCCACACAGAGAAGCGGCAAAGGUGAGCCUGGUGACAGAGAUGACGUUGAUGAUCUUAAAAGUCAACUAAGGCAGGCUGAAGAACAGGUCAAUGACUUGAAGGAGAGACUCAAGACAAGUACCAGUAACGUGGAGCAGUAUCGAGCCAUGGUGACCAGCUUAGAAGAUUCCCUGAACAAGGAGAAACAGGUGACUGAGGAGGUACAUAAGAACAUUGAAAUUCGCUUGAAAGAAUCAGCAGAGUUUCAGACACAGUUGGAGAAAAAGUUGAUGGAAGUAGAGAAGGAGAAGCAAGAACUUCAGGAUGACAAGAGGAAAGCCAUUGAGAGCAUGGAACAGCAAUUAACUGAGCUGAAGAAAACACUGUCUAGUGUUCAGAAUGAAGUACAAGAAGCUCUUCAGAGAGCAAGCACAGCUCUAAGUAAUGAACAGCAAGCCAGGCGUGACUGUCAGGAACAAGCUAAAAUCGCAGUGGAAGCUCAGAAUAAAUAUGAGAGAGAAUUGAUGCUACAUGCUGCUGAUGUCGAAGCUCUGCAAGCUGCCAAGGAACAGGUUUCAAAAAUGACAUCAGUCCGUCAGCAUUUGGAAGAAACAACUCAGAAAGCAGAGUCACAGUUGCUGGAGUGUAAAGCAUCUUGGGAAGAGAGAGAGAGAGCAUUGAAGGAUGAAGUUUCCAAGAGUGUGUCUCGCUGUGAAGACCUAGAGAAACAAAACAGACUACUUCAUGAUCAAAUCGAAAAAUUAAGUGACAAGGUGGUCACUUCUAUGAAAGAGGUUGUGCAAGCACCAUUAAAUGUAUCUCUCAAUGAAGAAGGAAAAUCUCAAGAACAAAUUUUAGAAAUUCUUAGAUUUAUUCGACGAGAAAAAGAAAUUGCUGAAACUAGGUUUGAAGUGGCUCAGGUUGAGGGUCUGCGAUAUCGACAGAGAGUUGAACUUCUAGAACGGGAGUUGCAAGAACUGCAGGAUAGCCUGAAUGCAGAAAGGGAAAAGGUGCAGGUAACUGCAAAAACAAUGGCGCAACAUGAAGAACUGAUGAAGAAAACUGAAACAAUGAAUGUUGUUAUGGAGACUAAUAAGAUGCUGAGGGAGGAAAAGGAAAGGCUGGAACAGAACCUCCAACAAAUGCAAGCCAAGGUGAGGAAACUGGAGUUAGACAUUUUACCCUUACAAGAAGCCAAUGCUGAGCUGAGCGAGAAAAGUGGCAUGCUCCAGGCAGAAAAGAAGCUACUAGAAGAGGAUGUCAAGCGUUGGAAAGCACGGAACCAGCAUCUAAUAAAUCAACAGAAAGAUCCAGAUACAGAAGAGUAUCGAAAGUUGCUUUCUGAAAAGGAAAUUCACACUAAGAGAAUUCAGCAGCUAAAUGAAGAAGUUGGACGACUUAAGGCUGAAAUUGCAAGAUCGAACGCAUCCUUGACUAACAACCAGAAUUUAAUCCAGAGUCUGAAGGAAGAUUUAAGUAAAGUACGAUCUGAAAAGGAAAGCAUUCAGAAAGAUUUAGAUGCCAAAAUAAUUGACAUACAAGAAAAAGUCAAAACAAUCACUCAAGUCAAGAAAAUUGGACGCAGGUACAAGACUCAGUUUGAAGAACUUAAAGCUCAGCAAAAUAAGGCCAUGGAAACUUCCACUCAGUCUUCAGGAGACCAUCAAGAACAGCACAUCUCUAUUCAGGAAAUGCAGGAGCUCAAAGAUACCCUCAGCCAAUCUGAAACAAAGACAAAGUCACUUGAGGGUCAAGUAGAGAACCUGCAGAAGACAUUAUCUGAAAAAGAGACAGAAGCAAGAAGUCUCCAGGAACAGACCGUGCAGCUUGAGUCUGAACUGUCACGCCUUCGUCAGGACCUCCAGGAUAAAACCACAAAGGAGGAGCAACUCCGACAGCAAAUGAAUGAAAAGGAUGAAAAAACAUGGAAGGCGAUUGCAGUAGCCAGAUCAAAAAUUGCACAACUAUCUGGUGUUAAAGAUCAGUUAACUAAAGAAAAUGAAGAGCUUAAACAAAGAAAUGGAGCUUUAGAUCAGCAGAAAGAUGAACUCGAUGUCCGAAUGACUGCUCUUAAGUCCCAGUAUGAAGGUCGGAUUAGUCGCUUAGAGAGAGAGCUCAGAGAGCAUCAAGAGAGACACCUUGAGCAGAGAGAUGAGCCUCAGGAACCCACUAAUAAGGCUCCAGAGCAGCAGAGACAAAUCACACUGAAGAGCACUCCAGCUUCUGGUGAAAGAGGAACUGCCAGCACAUCAGACCCACCAACAGCCAAUAUCAAGCCAACUCCUGUUGUUUCUACUCCAAGUAAAGUGACAGCUGCAGCUAUGGCUGGGAAUAAGUCGACACCCAGGGCAAGUAUCCGCCCAAUGGUUACACCUGCAACUGUCACAAAUCCAACCACUACCCCAACAGCAACUGUAAUGCCUACUACACAGGUGGAGUCACAGGAAGCUAUGCAGUCAGAAGGGCCUGUGGAACAUGUUCCAGUAUUUGGAAGCACAAGUGGAUCUGUUCGUUCUACUAGUCCUAAUGUUCAGCCCUCCAUUUCUCAGCCCAUCCUAACUGUACAGCAGCAAACACAGGCUACUGCUUUUGUACAACCCACUCAACAGAGUCACCCUCAAAUUGAGCCUGCAAAUCAAGAGUUGUCCCCAAACAUAGUUGAGGUGGUACAAAGCUCACCAGUGGAACGGCCAUCUACUUCCACAGCAGUAUUUGGCACUGUUUCAGCUACCCCAAGUUCCUCCUUGCCGAAGCGCACUCGGGACGAGGAGGAGGGCAGCGCCACGGAAGCAGGAGACCAAGUCUCUGACGACACAGUGGAAAUGCCUCUCCCAAAGAAGCUGAAGACAGUCACGCCUGUGGGAACCGAGGAAGAAGUGAUGGCAGAAGAAAGUACUGAUGGAGAGGUAGAGACUCAAGCCUAUAAUCAGGAUUCUCAGGAUUCCAUUGGAGAAGGAGUCACCCAGGGAGAUUAUACACCAAUGGAAGACAGUGAAGAAACAUCACAAUCUCUACAAAUCGAUCUUGGACCACUUCAAUCAGAUCAGCAGACUACUUCCUCUCAAGAUGGUCAAGGCAAAGGAGAUGAUGUAAUUGUAAUUGACAGUGAUGAUGAGGAUGAUGAUGAAGAAAAUGAUGGAGAACAUGAGGAUUAUGAAGAAGAUGAAGAUGAUGAUGAUGAUGAAGAAGAUGACACGGGGAUGGGAGAUGAGGGUGAAGAUAGUAAUGAAGGAACUGGUAGUGCAGAUGGUAAUGAUGGCUAUGAAGCUGAUGAUGCUGAGGGUGGUGAUGGGACUGAUCCAGGUACAGAAACAGAAGAAAGUAUGGGUGGAACUGAAAGUAAUCAGAGAGCUGCUGAUUCUCAAAACAGUGGUGAAGGAAAUACAAGUGCAGCAGAGUCUUCAUUCUCUCAGGAGGUUGCCAGAGAACAGCAGCCCACCUCAGCUUCUGAGAGACAGACCCCACAAGCACCGCAGUCACAGCAGCCCACGUCAGCGUCUGAGAGACAGACCCCACAAGCACCGCAGUCACCAAGGCGUCCACCGCAUCCUCUUCCCCCACGCCUGACCAUUCACGCCCCACCUCAGGAGCUGGGACCACCAGUUCAGAGAAUUCAGAUGACCCGGAGGCAGUCUGUAGGGCGUGGUCUUCAGUUGACUCCAGGAAUAGGUGGCAUGCAACAACACUUCUUUGAUGAUGAAGACAGAACAGUUCCAAGUACUCCAACUCUUGUGGUGCCACAUCGCACUGAUGGGUUUGCUGAAGCAAUCCAUUCCCCACAGGUUGCUGGUGUUCCUAGAUUCCGGUUUGGGCCACCUGAAGACAUGCCACAGACAAGUUCCAGUCACUCUGAUCUUGGCCAACUUGCUUCUCAAGGAGGUUUGGGAAUGUAUGAAACACCCCUCUUUCUGGCUCAUGAAGAAGAGUCUGGUGGCCGCAGCGUUCCCACUACGCCUCUCCAAGUAGCAGCCCCAGUGACUGUGUUUACUGAGGGUACCACCUCUGAUGCUUCAGAGCAUGCCUCUCAGUCUGUUCCAAUGGUGACAACGUCUACGGGCACUUUAUCCACGACAAAUGAAACAGCAGCAGGUGAUGACGGAGAUGAAGUAUUUGUAGAGGCGGAGUCUGAAGGUGUUAGUUCAGAGGCAGGCCUAGAAAUUGAUAGCCAGCAGGAAGAAGAGCCUGUCCAAGCACCUGAUGAAUCAGAUCUUCCCUCAACCAGCCAAGACCCCCCUUCCAGCUCCUCUGUAGAUACCAGUAGUAGUCAGCCGAAGCCUUUCAGACGAGUAAGACUUCAGACCACCUUGAGACAGGGUGUUCGUGGUCGUCAGUUUAACCGACAAAGAGGUAUAAGCCAUGCAAUGGGAGGAAGAGGAGGAAUAAAUAGAGGGAAUAUUAAUUAAGUGAUCUAUAAACUAUGACACUUGUGAAUAAGAUUGGCGAAUCUGUUUUAAUAUAAUGAUUGUCAAGUUGAGAAGUGUUUUGUAUUUAAAUAGGUAUGCUCAUUUCAACAUUCUUUAUUAAUAAAAUGGAUUUCAAUGUCAAAAGGCA